UCGAGCUCGAGCACUCGCUGUUCCCUUCUUUCUUGCUCCUCUUCCCCUCCCCGGCGGUUGGCUUCCCUCAAAUCCUCACGCCACCACCAUCCAGCUCUCUCUCUCCGGCGAACACGCCACCGCGCCCUCCCACCACCGAAACACGCCGAUUUCCCCCCUCGUAGCCGUCGGCCGGUCCUCCUCUUCCCCUCUAGCUACUCGACUGGCGUCGCGCCGAGAUCCACCGGGGUCAGACCGGUUCCCGCUGUCGGUAACCAACCCCCACCUGCUUCUGUUCUUGUUCCCACUAGUAGUUUCCUUCCGGCACGUUGCCACGGGCAAUCUGAAACCACAGUCCGUUCUGCUCUCCCAGGGACGGAUGCUCCGCUUACAGUGAACCCUGUAUUCUCAAUGUUCUCUCUGAGAUAGCAUGUCUGAACAACAGGACCAAGUUAGUAAAAGCUCCUGCUCAAGUAUUAGCACCAGUACUCAGGGGAGUGAGGAUGACGGGACCGUCGGUGCACUUUUAACGGAAGCAAAGACCAACGGGCGCAGCCUUGGGAAGCGGCUGUCCCACUUAGAUUCACUCCCGCAUACUCCUCGAGUUAACGGGAAAAUCCCUGAUUUUAGUAAUGCAACCAUAGACCAUGAAUCAUUAUUGGAAAGAUUGGGCACUUAUGGCUUAGCUGAAUAUCAGAUAGAAGGGGAUGGGAAUUGCCAGUUUCGAGCUCUGGCAGAUCAGAUAUUCCGCAAUCCUGAUUACCACAGACAUGUGAGGAAGGCAGUAGUGAAGCAGCUAAAGGAAUUCAGGAAACACUAUGAAGGCUAUGUACCAUUGGACUACAAGGUUUACUUGAAGAAAAUGAAAAGAUCUGGGGAAUGGGGAGAUCAUGUGACCUUACAAGCGGCUGCAGACCGGUUUGGUGCCAAAAUCUGCUUGCUGACAUCGUUUAGAGACACAUGCCUGAUCGAGAUAGUCCCCAGGGAUGCCGCUCCUACAAGAGAGCUUUGGCUAAGUUUCUGGUGUGAAGUACACUACAAUUCCUUGUAUGCCAAUGAAGAUCUUCCGACUCGCAAGACCAAAAAGAAGCACUGGCUGUUCUAGGUAGGGUUCGCCGGUCGUUGGAUUCACCACUCCCCCCUCAUUCUUGUGCACUCGGGCCAGCGGCAUCUGCAUGUAACCUUAUUCCAUACUGCUGAUGUUGUAAGCUGUAACCUGAAACGGACUCGUUGUAAUCUUUUAUGUAAAGUGGAAUGGUGAAAAUUCUUUAUUUCGGGGAAGAUGAGACAGAAAUAGCAGAUGUACAGUUUGCCUUGGUUAA